AUAUUUCUGGCAAUAAUUAUUUCUGCCCUUUCGAAGCACUCUUGUAGCAAAAUUGUUUAUAUUAGUUUAUGAAGAAAAGUGAUCUGAUUUCUUUAUAGACAGUUUAUAGCUUUUCUGCGAAUAUUUUCAAGUGUACAUUUCUACUACUAGCAAGGCAGUAUAUACUGCUAGUAGCUUACUGAAUACAAAUCCGACGCCACACGUGGGCACUCUUUUUGGCACCGCGUGCUCGCAGCCAUGGCGGAUUUGGCGAGCGAGGUCUCAUCUUUGGUGCUUUCACACCUUUCCCAGGUGGAUCCCGGAUUAGCGAAGCAGUAUAAAUCAAAAAGAAAAUCACUUCCACUGGAUGAUUCUGCUCCAACGCUUGAUGCAGUUGUGAAGUUUUACAAAACGAAAUCGCCUAAUGUAAGCAUCAUCAAAACACCGAAGAAGGCACAAGUGAACGGAAAAGCCAAAGGAGGUAAAAAACAAGAAUCGAGCUCAGAAGACUCUGAAUCUGACAGUGAUGACGAGCCCGUGCCUCCUCCGUCGGCUAAGAAGACCCCUGUGAAGCCCAUUGCUGCAAAGCCGGCCUCGUCAGAUGAGUCGUCAGACGAUUCGAGUGACGAAGAACCAGCUAAGAAAAUCGUAUUGGCUUCUCCGAAGAAAGUCGCAGCCACUCCAGCAAAGAAAGAUGAGUCUUCUGAUGAAGAGUCCAGCAGCGAAGAUGAAGCCCCCAAGAAGGCUGCUACUCCAGCAAAGCCGACGCCGGCGAAGCCAGCAGCAAAGAAAAAGGAGAGCUCUUCUGAGGACUCUAGCAGCGAGGAUGACGAACCUCCGGCAAAAAAGAUUGUGCAACCGGCGAAACCGAAAGUGGCAGCAAAACAAGAGUCAUCAGAGGAGGAUUCAAGCAGUGAUGAAGACGAGCCACCCAAGAAGGUGGUGGCAACACCUGCCAAGGUGCCCGCCGCAAAGAUCGCUCCCAAGAAGGCAUCUUCAUCAGAAGAGGACUCCAGUAGUGAGGACGAGACUCCUCCCGCGAAGGUGGCUCCGGCAAAGGUAACGCCCGCAAAGCCUGUUGCGAAGAAGGCAGAGUCCUCAUCUGAAGAGGACAGCAGCGAAGAGGAGGGUCCACCGAAAGCAGUGCCGCCUAAAGCAACACCAGCAAAAGCACCCGCCAAGAAACCCGAAUCGUCUUCGGACGAGGACAGCAGCGAUGAAGAGGACGAGCCCGUCAAAAAGGUGGUGCCGACCCCUGCUAAGGCUAAGGCAGCUCCCAGUAAGCCAGUCGCAAAGAAGGACGAGUCGUCAUCGGAGGAGUCAAGUAGUGAGGAAGACGAACCUCCGAAGAAGGUAGCACCUGCAAAACCGACCCCGGCAAAGGUAGUGGCAAAGAAGGACGAAUCGUCGUCAGAAGAAGACUCCAGUGAGGAUGAGGCUCCCAAGAAGGUUGUACCUGCAAAACCAACUCCAGCAAAGGCAGCACCGGCUAAAAAGGAAUCAUCGUCGGAGGACUCUAGCAGCGAGGACGAGGCUCCCAAAAAGCCCGCCAUCAAGGCCACCCCCGUCAAGCCCGCUGCGAAGGCGGAAUCAUCGUCAGAGGAAGACAGCAGUGAAGAUGAGGCGCCCAAGAAGGCGACGCCCGUAGCCAAGUCGACGCCUGCUAAACCGGCAGCUAAGAAGGCAGAAUCGUCAUCUGAGGAGGACUCGAGCAGUGACGAGGAGCCGAAGAAGGCAGUUCCCGCCGUCAAGACGCCUGCCAAGGCCGCGGCGAAGAAGCGCGAGUCGUCCUCGUCAGAAGACAGCGAUGACGACGAGCCUGCGCCGAAGAAGGCGGCGGUGACGAAGGCGCCGACGGCCGCGGCGGCCGAGGACAGUUCUUCUGAUGAGGACAGUGAGGACGACAAGCCGCCGAAGAAGGUGGUGCCGGUGGCUGCCAAGCACGCCAUGUCCGAGUCAGACGACAGCGACGACUCCGACGAAGAAGAGGCGCCGAAACCGAAGAAGAAGAAGGCGAAACUGGAGAACGGCGACAGCGGGGUGGAGGAUGACGUCACCGUCCGCAAACAGGACGCUGACGAGGAGGAAGAGGAAGACGACGAGACGGUCGAAUUCGAUACUCGUCCGCCGCGCGCCGGCCUCGGCUACGGCAGCGGCGGCGGCGGAUUCCGGGGUCGCGGUGGCGGAGACCGAGGCGGAUUCAGGGGCCGUGGCGGCGAUAGGGGUGGUUUCAGGGGCCGUGGCGGCGGUGAUAGAGGAGGUUUCAGGGGCCGUGGAGGCGGCGAUCGAGGCGGGUUCCGGGGUCGCGGCGGCGACAGAGGCGGGUUCAGGGGUCGCGGCGGUGACAGAGGCGGUUUCCGGGGUCGCGGCGGAUCCCGCGGAGGCACCGAUAAGAACGGGUUCGCGGCGCGCGGUAAGGGCGUGAGGACGACGUUCGACUAGCGUGUUGGUCGUGCCGGCCCGACUGUGUGUGUCGGUAUGUCGACUGUAUGUCGGUGUGUGUGUGGUGUUGGUGGCGGAGGGCGGGCCGCGCGGACGCGCAGUGACGGCUCUGCUCUCUUCCAGUCGGGUGCCGUCGGAUCCUGGGGCGAGCGGGCCAACCGAGACCUCAAGUUCACCCGCGGAAAGGGAUUCCGGCAUGAGAAGACAAAGAAGAAACGCGGGAGCUACAGUGGUGGACAGAUAGACACAACUGUUCAUUCGAUCAAGUUCACGUGAGAGCCGCCCCGCCCCCGCCCCGCCCCCGCCCCGCCCCGCCUCGCCUCGGCCCCAUGUACCGGCUGAGGCCCACUGAACUGCCCAGGGACCCGGUGUCGGGUCAGCGGUCGAUCUGUGUCGAGCUGCCGAGCGUGCACCGGUGUCCGGCCGCCGCCCCAAGUGUUAUGGGAUUCUAUGUCUAUUUUGAGAGUGUUUGGUACUAGCCGAGCGUUUCACGGCAUGUUUCAUUUGUGCGACUGCCGCCAGACUGACUGGCUGUCGAGCUCAUGUGCGCUGUCAUUCAUCCGCGAAUAUAGGUGGCGCCCGACCAGGGUGCCGCACACCGUUA